AUGCUCAACGUUAUGGAUUUCUCCUGCCCGGAUCCGCUCUACUCCAAGUACGAGGAGAGCUGCGAGAUGAAAACCGGAGACCUGCAGGGCUUGGGGCAGCCUGAGCAGCAACUUCUGGCAGAGGCCGAUUUCCUUGGAGGUGAGCUGCUGGGCGUCCCCGGCAGCGGCGGGGCCGUGGAUUACUCCCUGCUGGGCAGCCAGCCCUCCCCUUCCCUCAGCUACACCGGCAGCUUCUUCAUCAAGGCGGUCCCGGAGCACCCGCAGGACCAGGAAUCCCUCUUCAACCUGAUGUCGGGCAUCCUGGGCAUCUCCCCCUUCGCCUCCUCCGAGGGCCACCAGAGGCACCUGGACGCUCUUUACCCCUGUCCCGAGGUGGCUCCGAGCCAGCUGGACCUGUACCCGUCGUGCCAGCCCGAGAUGAGCGGGUCCAGCCCGGCCCCGUUCCCGGAGCCGGGCUACGGCGCCUUCCCCGCGGCCGAGGGCGCCCAGCCCCUGCCGGGGAACACCUCGCAGUGCUUCUUCCAGCCCAAGCUCCUGGACAGCAAGCAGGACAUCAAGCUGUCCUCCGGCUCCCCGCCCCUGGACAAGUUCAAAGGCGCCUGUGCCCAGUGGGAGCCGCUGUCCCAGCAGCACCAGGCCUACCUGCCCGCCGCCUUCCCCUCUCCCGAGGGCUUCCCGGCCCCCGAGAGCAGCCAGGGGCUGUUCCCCGCGCUGAGCUCCAAGAUGGAGAGCGUCUUGUCCGCCGGCUGCCAGCCGGAGCUCGGCAGCCUGGCAGAGGACGCCGCCUGCUUCGGAGCCCAUCUGGGCUUCGGCUGCGAGCCAGAGAACUUCCCGGCCCGCGGGGACUUCGCCGACAGCAAGAUGCACACCCUGCCCGCGCCAUUAAUGCCGGACUUCGACGCCUCCUUGGCCCAGCCCGAGGUGCUGCCGGGCCUGCUGGGCUCCGCCGAGCUGCUCCAUCCUCACCCGUCUCCUUCCGUGCCGCCCCCGGAGUUCCUGGGCCCGGCGCCGCCGCUGCCCUCGCUGCUGCCCGCCGGCCCUGCCGCGCUGGCCGAGCCCAAGAAGAAGGCUCGGCGCAGCAAGUGCUCCUCCAAGUGCUUCUGCCCCAAGCCCCACGAGAAGGCGUUCGCCUGCCCGGUGGAGAACUGCGUCCGCAGCUUCGCCCGCUCCGACGAGCUCAACCGGCACCUGCGCAUCCACACGGGCCACAAGCCCUUCCAGUGCCGCAUCUGCCUGCGCAACUUCAGCCGCAGCGACCACCUCACCACGCACAUCCGCACGCACACGGGCGAGAAGCCCUUCUCGUGCGACACCUGCGGCCGCCGCUUCGCCCGCUCGGACGAGAAGAAGCGGCACAGCAAGGUGCACCUCAAGCAGAAGGCGCGGAGCGAGGAGAAGCUCAAGGGCUUGGGCUUCUUCUCGGUGGGGCUGUCCUUCGGGCCGCUCUGA